CACUCGAAGAAGCUCAGUCACCGUACCUUGUGCACGCACUGUAAGCCCUCUUUGGACGCCAAUACCUACUCCAAUUCGGACAAAGGUCUGACACCAUUCGAGGCGAAGGCAACCAAAAUGGCUCGUGUCGUUAUUCGCGGCGGCAGCUCCCGCCUAGCCACUGUAACUUUCCGUGGAACAUCCAUAUAUCCCGUGGAUGGCCGGCUCCUGACGUGCUUGAGCAAUAGUGGACGUUGGCCUGCCGUCGCACAGAUUUCAAGGUCACAAGUACAUUUGCGUCGGGCUUUCCAUGACGAUUCGCAUUCGCAGCCACGGCCGUUCAAGACGCCACGCCAGUGGCGCCAAGAGCAGCAGCAGCAGCAACAGCGAUCUCGAGCUCGCGCUUUGCCUUUGACAGUUCGAAUACAGCCCCUUCUGAUCGGCCUGUCUGUUACGCUGAUCGGCUAUCACAUCUACUCGAAUAUCAGCUCGCCGCUUUUACUUGAUUCUCCAACAUUUAAACCGCCGCCUGGAGGCGAGCUAUUGGCGAAUUUGCAAGGCAGGUCCAUUACACCAGUCACUGGCGAUCUGACACAAGAAGAGCAGAUGCGCCGCCGCGCACAAACGCAGGGUCUGUACUUGUGGGGCUCCAACAGGUACAACGUCGUCGCGCCGGAUGCCCCACUCAUGACCUUCGUGCGCUCCCCGCGCUCGAUCCCCUACUUUGACGGCAUGGCCUUGCGGCACGUCUUGCUCGAGGAGAAGCACGCAGCUGCAAUCGAUGCGGAUGGUGACCUGCUCCAGUGGGGGCUCGGGUUCUUUGACGCCGCUUCGCGCACCAGCAAGAGCAGCGACAGCUCCGGAGACAUAGAGGAGGUCCCGCUUGGGCGCCGGAGAGGCAGGAUUCGUGCCAAUGAGCUCACACCGCUAGGGUGCGAAGCCGCGCAGGCAAAGGCCCCGGUCAAGACGCUCAAAGGAAAGAACCUCGUUAAGGUUGUCGGUAGCGAGAACAAGGUUUACGCGCUGAGCAAAAAAGGCGAAGUCUUCGUCCUGUCCGCGUUGCAAGUGCUUCAACAGCCGGGGAAACCAGCUGAUUGGUCCUGGAACCCAUUCACCUUCUUUGGUCUCUUCGCUUCGCGCACAGUAGAUUACGCAAGGCUGCAAGCCACUGCGAAUGCCAAGCUUGCUCGCGGUGAAAAGGUCGUAGAUAUCGAUGCAGGGCUAUACCACUUGGUUGCGCUAACCAACAAGGGCCGCACAUUCAGCUGUCCGAUCGGCCCCCGCGCCAACGAUUACGGCCAGCUCGGCACUAAGCGCGUCUGGCUCAACUCACCAUCUGCUCCUGGUAGCACGGCGGUCAAGCAGAGUGCCCAAGAAGCGACGCUAGAGCCGCGCAUCUUCCGCUUAGAUAAAUUUUAUGAGAACGAAAGCAAGCUGACUCUCGUCAACUUGCUGCCAGACUGGGCGCUGCCUCCGCAGGUGGCGGGAAAUGGCAAAGAAUCAUUGAAAUCGCAGAAGCUGCCCUUUUCGCCCUCAACGCACCCUCUGUCGCGCCUGCCUCCGGACGCGUCGGCUGCGAUGCGAAAGGCGGUGCAGGAGGAAGUCGAGCGGCGCGAGCGCGAGCUCGCGCUUGCCGUCACCGAACCGCCGAGCAGUAUCCGAUAUUGCACGACGCUGCACGAGAUCCCCUCGCUGCGCGGUAUUGUCAUCGAUCAAAUCAGCGUCGGCAACGAGCACUCGCUCGCGCGCACCAGCGAGGGCCGCGUGCUGGCAUGGGGGCGCCACACGCACGGACAGUGCGGCUUAGGUAGCCAGGUCGUCAUGGAGAGCGUACCGGUCCCGACGGAAGUCGUGCUGAGCCGCUGCUUCAACAACUCGUCCAGGGACGUCAGCUGUAUCGGCAUCAAGGCCGGCGCUGACAACAGCUUCUUCAUUACCAGCAGGAGGGACGCGACCAGCAUCGGAACCAGAGGCACCGGCGAUGGCUUCAAGAUCGACGUGCUCGCCGCUGGUAAAGGCCAGUGGGGCACACUCGGCAACGCAAUGUGGAGCCAGGUCGCUGCUUCACCCGUGCGCGUCAAGGCUGUUAGUGGCUUGAUGGAGUACUCGGAGAUCACGGGCAAGACCCAUCCAGUCAACAUCUACAGCUUAUCCGUCGGCCGACCCGGGCAUGUGACGCUUGUGCUCGACACGGCCGACCCUGGUGGACACGUCGCCUUUGGCCGCGACGUGAUGGUGUGGGGCCACAAUGCUGCUUUCCAACUCGGCAAUGGCAAGCGUGCCAACCUCUCUGUCCCGCAGUGCCUCAAACCCCUACUCCCGCUAACCAAGGCGAUCGGGGACGUACCGUCAGAUGCGUCUGAAGACCCAGAGGACGAUCCAUCGUCGGAGAGGAAUGGUUAUGACAAGGAGACGCAAAAGGAUAGGGAGGUAGAUACCAAUAGCGGCGCUUUGAUGCACAUGCCUCACAAUCGCUUGCAGCUGACUUCGCGCACAAAGGUUGAUACUCGCUCCAGCCUCGGGAGAGAGAAGGCGAACAAGCACUCCGUCACCGUAGAAGAAGAGAUCGUGGCGGGCGCUACGGCAUCAGGUGUAUUCUGGAAGCUUCACCCUUGAUUUACACCUCCCUUAUGAAAUCCAUUUAACUUGCAUUCUCUGCG